AUGUCAAUUCCAAUGAGAGGCAUGCUCCGCACACUGCGCCCAACAUCCGCCAUUCGUUCAUUUUGCCCCUCAAUCCAACGAACUUUCAUUACUCUACCCGGCACCGAACCACAGAUUCUGACCGAAAAACGAAUUUUACCCUACAAAUCCUCUUCCCUCUACAGCCUAAUCGCCGACGUCGACAGCUAUUCCACCUUCGUUCCCUACUGCACCUCCUCCCGUAUAACCAAGUGGUCAGCGCCCGAUUCCAACGGUGAAAAAUGGCCUGCCGAAGCAAAUCUUACCGUAGGCUGGGCCGGCGUUGAAGAAACAUUCACAUCCAAGCUCCUCUGCGUCCCGGGCACGAUUGUGGAAGCUCUCAGCGGCGACGCCGUCACAUCGAUUCCGGAAUCCAAACUCGCACACCACUCGGAAACUUAUCAUAGCCCCGCCGCUGCGAACGGGAUUUUUCAAAGUCUCAACACGCGUUGGUCUCUCAAGCCCUUUCACUAUCAACCACCAAGCGGCCAGCCACAAACAGAUAAAACCGAACAUGAACCGAGGGAUCAAACAGAGGUGCAUUUAAUCAUUGAGUUUCAAUUUGCAAAUCCAUUAUAUACGGCGCUGAGUAAAGCGGUUGCGCCCCAAGUAGCGCCGAAGAUGAUUGAGGCCUUUGAGUUGAGAGCUAGAAAGUUAUUGGAUGGGCCUGGCGCGGGUGCAAUUGAUAAUAAGACAUCAUUUGGUCAUGCAGUUAGUGCGGCGAAGAAACUUGGUGCUUAA